AUGCCUGGCGGUAAAGGAAAAACCGGCGGCAAGACCGGCGGAAAAGGCGACUCGCACGUCAAAACCACAAAGUCGCACUCCGCGAAGGCGGGCCUGCAGUUCCCCUGCGGUCGCAUAAAGCGCCAUCUACGCACCAUCACCCGCCAAAAGACGCGCAUCGGCGCCAAAGCCUCCAUCUACCUAACCGCCGUGCUCGAAUACCUGACGGCCGAAGUGCUCGAGCUGGCCGGCAACGCCGCCAAGGAUCUCAAGGUCAAGCGUAUCACGCCGCGCCACCUACAGCUCGCGAUCCGCGGUGACGAGGAGCUGGACACGCUCAUUCGCGCGACCAUCGCUUUCGGAGGCGUUCUGCCACACAUCAACCGCGCACUGCUGCUGAAGGUGGAGCAGAAGAAGAAGGGGAAGCCUGUUGAGGUGUAA